UCAUCUGACGUCUGGCUGAGGCUAAGCUUAGCAAGCAAUAUUAUUGCAAACAGUCAGAACGAACAACACUGCUUUCUUUUGAAAUCACGUAUGGACACUCCUAUGCGUGUGUGACUAAAUGGGCGUGUAAAUCGCUUCGAAUCACCGCUGCUCGCACAGGGGCAUAAGCACAGCCUAAAUGGUCGGACACAUGACGGGGCCGCACGGAUCAGUGAGGAAAAUGUCUUUCGUCGACAAUAAUAAUCAGCACCAGGCCAAGAUCCUAAACGUUCCCUCCAAGUUGCUGACUGACACCGAGAACGACCAGAUUUUCCGACUUCUCGGCCAGAAAUGUUUGACAUUGGCGACGGCGGUGGUGCAGCUGUUCAGCAGCGAGCCUCCGCACCACACGAGCUGGGUGCAGAGAGAGUGUGGAGUGCUGUGCCUAGUCAAGGACAACAUUCGACGUUCCUACUUUUUCCGACUCUAUUGUCCGACGAGAAACUCGAUGAUAUGGGAGCACGAGGUCUACAACCACAUCGAUUACAAGUCGCCAAGACCCUUUCUUCACACAUUUGAAGCUGAGGAUGGCAUCACCGCUUUCAAUUUUGCGGAUGAUGAGGAAGCAAGCAAGCUGAGAAAUGCACUGCUACAAAAAAUGGAGGCCAAGCGGAAGAGGAAAAUUGAGAGGAGAAAUCGAUUGUCGGUGCUGGGCCCACCGCCGGAAAGGCCGACGCAGGCGAACCAAAACGGUCCACCGCCUCUGAUGGCGUCCAAGGCGGCCCUGACAGCGCAUCGCCAGAACACGUCGUUCGUGAGCAUGGGCAAGAGCCGCAAGGACAAGGAACGAAAACUGACCAAGGCGGACAUCGGAUGUCCUCAGGACUUCCGGCAUGUCACCCACAUCGGCUGGGACCCCAACAAGGGCUUUGACAUGGACAAUGUUGACGACCCGCAGCUCAAGCAGUUCUUCGAUAAGGCUGGCGUCAAGGAGUAUGAGCUCAGGGAUCCCCAGACCAGAGAGUUUAUUUACGAUUUCAUCUCGCAAAAUGGAGGCCUCCAGGCUGUUAAAGAAGAGGUGCAUCAGAGUGUGCCGGGUCCUCCGCCUCCGGUGCCUGUGCGGACGGCGCUAUCUCAGCCCGCUGAGUCAAAGCAGCGGGGCGCCCCACCUCCACCACCGCCCCCCGACCGCAUCAGGGCCACCCCGCCGCCGCCCUCGCAGCAGGUGGCCGCGCCACCACCGCCGCCGUCACGGAACGUGAUCGGCUUGAAAAUGGCGCCGCCUGCCCCACCGCCCCCAGCCAGCGGGGGCCCGGCGCCGCCACCACCACCCCCGCCACCUCCGGUCUUCGACAGCCCGGUUGCUACUCCCACUGCCCCAAGCGCUCCAAAGCCGCCCCCCAUGGGCGCCGGGGACGACCCAAGAUCAGCCCUCAUGGAUGCCAUCAGGGGUGGAAGGCAAUUGAAGAAAGUGGAGCCGGUUUCAAACCCGGCACCGAGCGGUGGUGGCGACGCGCGUGGUGACCUGCUGGACGAGAUUCGACGGGGAAAGGAGCUACGGAAGGUGACCCCAGGCGCGUCCUCUGCGGCCAAACCGGACAUGGAGAAAGAAGACACACUAGCAGGUGCUCUGGCGAGGGCGCUGGCCGACCGGGCCAAGGUGAUUCAAUCGGACAGCGACGAAGAUGACGACGACGAUGAAGACGACGAUGAGUGGGAUGAAUGACCCACACCCCUCUUCCAGCCCAACGCCAGGAAAUGGACUUCCUGAGAGAGAGACACUUCAGCACAAUUCACGGACACACAUGCCUUUUCCAUGAUGUAUUGCAAAAGUUUAAGCUCAAGUUCCCUUAUCGAUAUCAAUAAUGUACAUAUUGUAUAUUCAGAAGAACUGAAAAUGCGUGAAUGGCUGUUUUUUGUUGAGCCAUUGCAAUUUUAUCAAAUAAUUAUGAGAGAUGCCAAUCGAUAAAUUAAUAAUAAUACUGUUGAUCAAGUAGAACUUGAAAUUUGGUAUUCAAAUAUCAAUUAUAGGGCUUCGCGUUAAGUUUUUUCUCCUAUUUAUUUUUCUGGCACGUGCUUCAAAAUAAAAAAUAUUGGGUUUUAAAAGGCAUUAAUCAUCACUUGAAGUCUCUUUAAAAUUAAAUAACUAACUCUGGGACCUUUUCAUUGAAACAUUGUCAUUUUUUGAGAUCUCAGUUUUCUUCCAUUUUUUUGCCCUGUCCUACCUUUAAAUAAAGUGGGAUAAAUUCACCCUUAAUUUUGUCUAAUACUUUCCUUACAAAAUGACAAAUUGUCAUUUUUUAAUAACUCCAUUUUUUGUUUUGUUAGACAUAUUAAGGCGAAAGGACAAAAAUCAACAUAAAUUUUUUAACUUUGACCAGAUGCGGAUUUUUCAAGAAAUUCAAAUUUUUUUGUUUGCUAGAGUUUCGCUAUAACUGGAAUAAUUUUCUCCAUUUGUCAACCAUCGACCUUUAAAGACAGUACAAAAUACCCUUUUUUGGAAAAAAUAUGAAUAGAAAAAGAAAAAUCCUGAAAUUUGAAAGGUGCAAAAAAAAGUGAAAAAAACUUUAACCGUCAAAUUUCAAUGAGGGUUUUAAUUCUGGUAAACAAUCAACAAUCUAUUGGUUUUUUUUAAAAAAAACUGUAUUUAACUUAAAAAUUGAUUUUUGAUUAAUAAAAAAUUACCCUUCAAAGUACUAAAAGCAUAAAUGCUUUAAAAUAUUAAAAAAACUUUUCGGAGCAAAAAAGCUUAGCGCAGCCCUAUUCAUUUACCUGAAAAUGAGAAUAUUGAAAGGCGUGAAAAAUGAAGUUGACCAUUGAAUUAUAUGAAUAAUAAAGUGCUAUAAUUAUAAUAGA